AUGAAUAACUUCACUCUUAAUCCCAUGCCCAACUUUGGGUUUGAUUCUGUCGCUAUGGAUUAUAACUCGAUGACCAACAACAUGAUCGACAACUCAAUGGUUAACAACCUUGUUGUCGACAACUCCACGAGCAAUGACUUGAUGGAUAUUACCGAAAUGACCCAGGGUCUGGUUAUCAAGGAUUCCGGGGUUGAAGAUUUGAUGAUGGUCGACGAUUUGAUGGUUGAUGACUCUACGAUCAACAGUCUCACGGCCAAUGACUCCAUGGCCUACACUCACUCGACGAAUAGCUCUGCCAACGGUUUCCCUACCGCAAAUACUCCCGUCUCUAUGGGAGACCAAGUUGACACUACCAUGAUCGAUAGUCCUGUUAACAGUGUGUCUACGACAAACAUCUUUCUGGCAGGCAAUCCCCCAGCCAAAGAUUUUAUGGGCUCAAUCCCCAAUCCUCCCAUGGCCAAAAGUCUUAUCGGGAAAGGGACCAUGGCGGACAGCUCCGCACCUACAAAACGAGCCGCAAGUAUCUUCACUCCUGCCCUACGAGAGUCACUUCGGAACCAGUUCCUAUUCGUGGACGGGCCCCGAAAGACAGAGGGCGUCUGGCUCUGCGCCAAGUGCAUCAAGCAUCUCGACCGGGAUGGAAACGAUGACUAUGAGACCUCCAAAGCUCAGCUGCGAAUGGCAUCAUUGAUGCAUGGGGAAGGUGGUCAGGUCGGCAUGCUUGUCGGUUAUUGGCAAUGGGACGUCAGCGCGGCCAACGCCUAUCGUAUUGAACUCCUCUAUGACCAGGUUAUCCUUGCCGAAGUUAUUGCCGGCCUAGGUGAUCAGCUCUAUGAAGAGCUCAAGGAAACAGCUUCUGACGAAGCCCUCAAUGGGAUCGGAUCGGAUAAGUGGCCGAAAAAUGACAGCCAAAGGAUUGAACUGGCGAUCUGA